CAACAACAACAACAACAACAACAACAACAACAACAACAACAACAACAACAACAACAACAACAACAACAACAACAACAACAACAACAACAACAACAACAACAACAACAACAACAACAACAACAACAACAACAACAACAACAACAACAACAACAACAACAACAACAACAACAACAACAACAACAACAACAACAACAACAACAACAACAACAACAACAACAACAACAACAACAACAACAACAACAACAACAACAACAACAACAACAACAACAACAACAACAACAACAACAACAACAACAACAACAACAACAACAACAACAACAACAACAACAACAACAACAACAACAACAACAACAACAACAACAACAACAACAACAACAACAACAACAACAACAACAACAACAACAACAACAACAACAACAACAACAACAACAACAACAACAACAACAACAACAACAACAACAACAACAACAACAACAACAACAACAACAACAACAACAACAACAACAACAACAACAACAACAACAACAACAACAACAACAACAACAACAACAACAACAACAACAACAACAACAACAACAACAACAACAACAACAACAACAACAACAACAACAACAACAACAACAACAACAACAACAACAACAACAACAACAACAACAACAACAACAACAACAACAACAACAACAACAACAACAACAACAACAACAACAACAACAACAACAACAACAACAACAACAACAACAACAACAACAACAACAACAACAACAACAACAACAACAACAACAACAACAACAACAACAACAACAACAACAACAACAACAACAA